AGAAGGACAAACUCCAGGUGUAGCAGCUAAAAACAGUGUGCCUGUUAAAGAUGGAGUUUAUUAAAGAGGAGGAAGACGUGAGUGAUCCAGAACCAUCCAGAAUAAAAGAUGAAGAAACUGAGGAACAAAUAGGCAAUGGUAUACGCACGGGCUGUUUGGGUGGAGAAUGGGAAGCAGAUGGAAGGAGUUUUGCCAUUGAACUGGAUUGACACAGAGACCAAAGUGGUGCGAUGGCCUCUAAAAAACGUGUCUGUGGCACAUAAGCGCCUUUUACAACCACAAGAGGACUGGUUAAGCUUUGAAUUUGUUAAAGUCAAAGUCACAUCAGUAAGCCGACAGGAGUGUGAAAAAUAUAAUUACACCUCAGCUCAAACCGAAGAGGAGGACACAGUCAGUCAAAAGAGAAUGAAGAAAAGAAGGAAAUUUGAAGAUUAUGUUCAAGGGUCAGAUUUGUCUCCUGAGGAGGAUGAGUCCUUGCCAGACAAGAAAAAGGAGGAUACAGUGUUGCUUCCGGUUCCUCCGCCAAAGGGACAAAAUGCAAUGCUGCUCGAGUUACCUGCACCCCCAGAACUGGCUAACACCACCAUUAGACAACCAGAGAGUCCUGCAUCUUCAGACAUUUCUGGAUGUUCUUGUCCAACGCAUCACCGUUCACCCACAAGGUCUGAAUCCUUAGAAGCAUUUAGUCCAGAGUCAGCCAGGUCUAGGCUUUCACGCACACCUCAGCGUGGAGUUCGAAAGCCAUCACAGUCCGGGAGCAGAAAAAGUCGGGCGUCCUCAUCCAGAUCUAUGGGUUCUUGCACACCUCAGCGUGGAGUUCGAAAGCCAUCACAGUCCGGGAGCAGAAAGAGUCGGGCGUCCUCAUCCAGAUCUAGGCGUUCUCGCACACCUCAGCGUGGAGUUCAAAAGCCAUCACAGUCCGGGAGCAGAAAGAGUCGGGCGUCCUCAUCCAGAUCUAUGGGUUCUCGCACACCUCAGCGUGGAGUUCGAAAGCCAUCACAGUCCGGGAGCAGAAAGAGUCGGGCGUCCUCAUCCAGAUCUAGGCGUUCUCGCACACCUCAGCGUGGAGUUCGAAAGCCAUCACAGUCCGGGAGCAGAAAAGGUCGGGCGUCCUCAUCCAGAUCUAGGCGUUCUCGCACACCUCAGCGUGGCGUUCAAAUGCCAUCACAGUCCGAGAGAGGCUUAUUCCCCAUGUCUCAAGCUAAAUACCAGAAGUCAGUGCUUGGAAAGCUAGUUGAACUUCUUGAUGAGAUAAAAAGAGUCGGAAGGCACUAUGAGCCGCUGAAUUCUGCUGUCCAUGUUGCUAGGCUAGAAACCUUUGAAGAUUUUGCUGAAGAAGAGGCACGUCUCAAGGAACGCAACCUCUGGGAACAAAGGGUGUCCCAGCUCUCAAAGGUGGGAGGGAGGAAUAACAAAGACUGCGUCCAUAAAGUAAUGGACAGGCUUUUCACCAACAGCCUAAUGGCUACUUUCAACAUGAAGGGGCGGGGUCGCAGUGAGAAAAAAGCCUUCCAGGAUACCGUUCUUUACUCUGUGGUAAAAGCCGCAGUAAUGAAGUGGAGUAAAACAGCCACAGAAGUGGAAAUCAGGGCUGCCAUGGCUGAGACACUUAAACAUGCUCCAGGGAGAGCUGGAGGUGGAGGUCGCAAAGUGUGACCAUUUAGUGUACAUUUCUUUCUUAGAGUUGUGUUUUGUUGACUGUUGGAAAGUGAACUGUGUUGUGUUGGUUACUGGACCAACCUAUGUUUAUUGCACUGACUCUAAUGUGAAAUCUGUGUUGGUUAUUUGACUGUUUGCACUAUUUAAAAUGUGCUGUUUUAAUAAAGUUAUUAUAAGCUAACCCUUUAAAGCUUUGUUUCAUUCAUAUGUUAAUAUAAAAUGUUAUUUGGCAUGUUAAUGUGGACUUGAGAAUUGACAAUAGGCAUUUAGUAAACGUUAAAGAUUGACCUGUUUUCAACGUUGAAAAGUUGGACAAAUUUGACGUCUUUUCAAUUUUCAUUUUCAACCUUCAGUGGACUGUAAUUAGACGUUGAAGGUUUACGUCUAUUCAACGUCUAAUAGACGACUUUUUGCUAGCUGGGUAGCAUCCACAAAAUACAUGCCAUACUUACGUGUGUCACAGACACGUCAGGCUCCAGCAUUCACCAAUAACAGCGCACACCUUCCCCACCACCUGCAUCUCAUCAGCGCACUCAUCACCAGCACUACUUAAAGACACUCACACACACAGUCACAUUGUCCGGUCUCAUUUGCAUCAAGGAACUUACUUCUAUGCUUACCUCAAGGACUUCCAUUGCGACUUACCUGUCUCCUGUGUCUCUGUACAACCUCCUGUACUCCAAGUCUGUGUGUGAGUGUCAUCCGCCAGCAUUGUCUCCAGUCUGCUACUGCCUCCAACCUGCAAACCACAAAGGACAGUAUUAUCUCUCAUUCAUUCAUCAUUCACUUCUACAACCACCAUCUACUCACCUGUUGUCCCUGUAACCUCUGCUUGUGUCCAAUAAACUACCUGAACUGUUA